AUGAAAUAAAGAUCAACCACUCCGACUCAGUGGUUCCGAUCAUGGCCGAUGAUGAGUCACGUACCAUCCUGUUGGAGAAGAACGAAGAUUGCCCUGGUUGUAUCAUUGAUCGAACUAAGCAAGAUCAACGAGGCGUCCCUUACUUCCACCUCUCCUUCAUCUGGCUCGUCUCACUCUGCACCGCUCUCCCAAUAUCUUCACUGUUUCCGUAUCUUUAUUUCAUGAUCAGAGACUUUCAUAUUGCAAAACAAGAAGAAGAUAUUGGUUUCUAUGCUGGUUUUGUUGCAUCAUCAUUCAUGAUUGGAAGAGCUUUGACAUCUAUUUUCUGGGGGAAAUUAGCUGAUCGAUAUGGUCGCAAACCUAUUAUCCUAAUUGGGACAUUCUCAGUGAUCAUAUUCAAUACCCUCUUUGGUCUAAGUACAAGUUUCUGGCUUGCAAUUUCCGUUAGAUUUUUUCUCGGCUGCUUCAAUUGUCUACUUGGAGUUAUAAGGGCAUAUGCUUCCGAAGUCGUUAGUGAAGAGUAUAAUGCUCUUAGUCUUUCUGUUGUGAGUACAUCGAGAGGUAUAGGAUUGAUACUAGGUCCUGCUAUUGGAGGCUAUCUUGCUCAGCCUGCAGAAAAGUACCCAAAUAUAUUUUCCCAGAGUUCAGUUUUUGGGAGGUUUCCAUAUUUUCUGCCGAGCUUAGUUAUAUCAGUCUAUGCUACUGGGGUUCUCAUCGCCUGCUGGUGGCUUCCUGAAACACUUCAUACCCGUUGUAGAAUUGCACAAGGGAGACUUAAUCCAACUGAGCUAAACGAUGAUGAAAGCAGAGGAGGAGGACUUGAUGACCAGAAAAUAAUUAGUAAGCCAAGUCUCUUGAGAAAUCGUCCAUUGAUGGCUAUCAUCAUCGUGUAUUGUGUCUUUUCCCUCCAAGAGAUAGCUUACUCUGAGAUAUUCUCACUCUGGGCUGUUAGUGACCGAAGCUAUGGAGGAUUGAGCUUCUCAUCUCAAGAUGUUGGUGAAGUUUUAGCUAUAUCAGGACUUGGGCUUCUGGUGUUUCAACUUUUGGUAUACCCGCCUUUGGAGAAGACCGUGGGACUACUUGCGGUUAUACGUCUUUCUGCGGUAUUGCUGAUACCUCUGCUUUCGUGUUACCCCUAUAUAGCUUUGCUUUCUGGGGUGACCCUUCAUGUAGUGAUAAAUUGUGCAUCCAUCUUAAAAAACGCUUUGUCUAUCUCUCUUGUCACAGGACUGUUUAUCAUGUUGAACAAGGCUGUGCCUCAGAAUCAGAGAGGUGCUGCUAAUGGCAUUUCUAUGACCGCAAUGUCUGUUUUCAAAUCAUUUGGCCCUGCCGGUGGAGGGGUCUUAUUCUCAUGGGCACAAAAGAGACAAGACGCGACUUUCCUUCCAGGUGAUGAGAUGGUGUUCUUGGUGUUGAACUUGGUACAGCUCGUAGGAUUGAUUCUAACGUUCAUACCUUACAUUUCCCAAAUCGAGUAAUUUUGGGCUGAUUUGAUUGACAAAAAGGUUUUUGACGCUGGAAGAAGAACAUGGACAAAGAGGGGCAAAGAACAAGAAGAAGCGAAACAAGAGUUCAUAGAGAUCUUGAAAGUGUUAGAAAGAGAGCUUGGAGAUAAGGUCUACUUCGGAGGAAACGACAACGUGUCGAUGGUGGACUUGGUCCUCAUCUCCUAUUACCCUUGGUUCCACACAUGGGAGACAAUUGGUGGUUUUAGCGUCGAGGAUCACACUCCCAAGCUAAUGGACUGGAUCCGUAAAUGCUUAACCCGACCCGCUAUCUCGAAAUCUUUACCUGACCCGCUAAAGAUUUUUGAUCGAGUCACUCAGAUCAUAAAAGUCCAUGAGUUCUUCUAUGGUUAUUGAUUCUCCAAAUCGUACGCUCUAUUUAUGUAAGUUCAAAAUAAUAAGAAAAUUUGUAAUGCUUAUGGGAAGUGGUUGCCGUGAAAAUUUAUGUUUCCUUUGAUAUUUUAAUUGAAAAUAAAAUGUGUUUGCAUGU